AGGUGAGAAACAGUUGAAUGGAUUAAAGAAACCGAAUUUACUUCCCAAGUCCAAUCAAUCUCUCAUCCACAUCCUAUCAAGCAAAGCAAAGCAAAGCAAUGGCGUAGGAGAGAGAAGAAAUAGUUCCCAAAAUCAUAUCCACACAAAUCCAUCUUCUUAAAAGAAGCUAGCAGCCGCACGCACACACACACGUAUCCAAUCCCUUCUUCUCAUCCUCAUUUCCUUGUUGCCCACAACCUGUUUGUUAAAAUUCCCCACUCAAAUAAUUCUGUAUUCAAAUCAAACCCCAUUGCAAACCUCAUCAAGAUUCAACAUAAUUCUUUAUUUGGUCCACUUCCUUUCAUUUCGGGUUGGUACCAUUUCAGCUGCAAUUUGCAAUGAUUUCUUGAGAAUCUAAUCUGAUCCACAUGCCCACUAGUGUUGCUGUCAGAACACUCAUGUUAGAUCUGAAUCUAUCUCUCUCAUUCUCUUAUUAUUGGUCUUGACCCUAUUAUUAUCUCAACUGUCUGAAGCUUUAUGCACCUCCAUUGAAGCAGGGAAACCAAACCAAGAGAUCUUGUUUUGGUUUUAGAGGAGGAUUUAUCCAAUGUGGCGAGGAGGCCCAUGGUGGGCUUUGUCUGAUGAGAAAGAAACAAUCUUUAAAUAAAAUGGAAGAAAUUGGGAUUCUUCUAGCAUCAGAAAGAUAAGAAUUUUUUGCUUGCCUUUUGAAAAUGCUUUUAAUCUUUGUUACUUGCUUCUCCUUCAUCCUGUUUUUUCGAUACUCUUUACCCAUAAAGCCACUUCCACCAUGGGCUUCUGAGAUGAGGUUACUCUCUUUCUAUUUUUGGAAAGAUUUCUCAAUCUUGUUCCCUUUUGCUAAGAACACCCUCUUCAAUGUUUUGUCACCAAAAAAGGUUAAUAACACUAGCAGCACUCUUUCAUUUUCAACCUCAAAGAAGAAUCAAAGUAUGAUGAUGAUUGAGGAGGGGAUGUCUGUGUUGGAUUUGCCUAAUUUAGCACUGGAAUGCAUUCUUGAAAGGCUUGAGCCUGCUGGCCUUUGUAAUAUGGCUUGUGUUUGUACUUACUUAAAGGACAUGUGUUUAAGUGAUCAUCUGUGGGAAAACCAUAUGAAGAAAAGAUGGGGUAGGAUUAUCGGUCAUGCUGCUGUUAAACAAUGGCACUUGCAAAUUGCCACUAAAAAGGAAUCAAAUUACUUUCUUUCUGGUCAUAAAGGAAGAGGGCUUUUAAUGGGUUAUCUGUGUAAACUCUGGCCGCCUGUUAUGUUCAUUAGACAUGCUAGUUACGCUGAUGAUGAUGUUGAUGAUGCUAAUAAGAUGGAGAGUUCAUCUCAGCCGCCGGUUGAUUCGAUUGUGUCUUGCUAUCGAGCUCUUGAGACUGGAAAGUUUUGGUUCCCGGCUCAGGUUUUCAACCGUGAGAAUGGGCAUGUUGGAUUCAUGUUGUCUUGCUACGAUGCUGAUCUUAGCUAUGAUUCUCAUACCGAUACAUUCCAGGCUAGAUAUCCGCCUCACGGCAGGAGGGCAGCAGCAAUAGAAAUUGGGGUGAGUUGGGAUAGACUACGGGCCCCACCCGUUGAGACAUCACCUCAUGAUCUACAUGUUUCAGACUGUUUGAAUGAUUUACGCCCAAAAGAUCACAUUGAGAUUCAAUGGAGGAGGAACAAACAAUUUCCAUACGGUUGGUGGUAUGGUGUUGUUGGCCACUUAGAAGCAUGUGAUGGUAAUAUUAGUUACUGCCAUUGCCAUGAAAGUGAUACUGUGGUGCUGGAGUUCAACCAGUAUACUCCCGGUUCAAGAUGGAGGCAUACGAUGAUCAACAGGAAAUUCCAUCGUGAGGAAGGAAACGAAGCCGAUGGAUUUUAUGGCGGAAUCAGAAAACUAUAUCACAAAGAUGAGAUUUCCAUGUGGCAACAAUUUUGGCCUGCUGAAAUCUUGGAAUAAUAGAGGUCAACUCAACAGUCAACUCUAUCAACUAAUAGUUUACCACAGUCAUUAAUAGGAAAUAGAAUAUUGUGUUCUCUUUUACAUGAUUUCCGCCCCUUCUUUUAGGAUUAUAUAUAUAUUUUUAAUGGCUAGUUGAAGAUUUAGAAUGGCCAUAUAUGAUUCAAUCAUUCAAAUGGAAAAUAUAUCAUGUAAUUGUACCGAUCUUGGCUUUUGACUUUGAAUGAAUGAGAUUCUUUUUUUCC